AUGGUCAACUCCUGCUGUGGAUCCGUCUGCUCUGACCAGGGCUGUGGCCAAGGCUGCUGCCAGGAGACCUGCUGCCGCCCCACCUGCUGUGGCUCCAGCUGUGGUUCCAGCUGCUGCCGCCCCUGCUGUGGUUCCAGCUGCUGCCGCCCCUGCUGUGGUUCCAGCUGCUGCCGCCCCUGCUGUGGUUCCAGCUGCUGCCGCCCCUGCUGUGGUUCCAGCUGCUGCAGGCCAACCUGCUGCAUCUCUAGCUGCUGCCGCCCCAGCUGCUGUGUGUCCAGCUGCUGCCGCCCCUCCUGCUGUGGCUCCAGCUGCUGCAGGCCAACCUGCUGCGUCUCUAGCUGCUGCCGCCCCACCUGCUGUGUGUCCAGCUGCUGCCGCCCCUGCUGUGGUUCCAGCUGCUGCAGGCCAACCUGCUGCGUCUCUAGCUGCUGCCGCCCCACCUGCUGUGGCUCCAGCUGCUGCCGCCCCUCCUGCUGUGGCUCCAGCUGCUGCCGCCCCUCCUGCUGUGGCUCCAGCUGCUGCCGCCCCUCCUGCUGUGGCUCCAGCUGCUGCCGCCCCUCCUGCUGUGGCUCCAGCUGCUGCCGCCCCUCCUGCUACUGGCCCACCGCCAUGCACCGGCCUUGCUGCCGCCCCUGCUGUGUGUCCAGCUGCUGCCAGCCUUGCUGCCGACCAACCUGGUGUCAGACCACCUGCUGUAGAACCACCUGCUGCCGGCCCAGCUGCUGCUGCCGCCCCUGCUGUGUGUCCAGCUGCGGCCAGCCUUCUUGCUGCUGA